AUUAGCGGCUUAGAGCCACCUUGACAACACAGCCUUAUUAAGCGAUAAGAUAGCCGACGGGUUGUCAGGCAGUCUUAAGACGGGAAAGUGGCGUGCGGUGCGCUGUGGCAGCUAUGAAGCAACUUUUUCAAUGUGUCCCUGCAAGAUAUAUUCUUGCCAUAAUGGGAUUCUGCGCCAUUUCUCUCCAGUUCACCAUGAAAGCCAAUCUUUCUGUAGCCAUUGUUGCAAUGGUGAAAACGGACGAAAAUGCCAAUGAAGAGAAGUUUUUGCUAAUGGAAAAUAACUCCACUGCCCCGGAAGGAACAUGUCCAGGAGGUGGGGAUACGGAAGACUCACAAAGUCAAGAGGGCGAGUUCGCGUGGGACGAGACGAUGCAGGGCUACGUGCUGUCGUCGUACUACUACGGCUACGUGGCGAUGCAGCUGCCGGGCGGCUACCUGGCGGAGCGGUACGGCGGCCGCCACGUGUGCGGGCCCGGCGUCUUGCUCAGCGGCGUGCUCACGCUGCUCAGCCCGGUGGCCGCGCGCGCCGACGUCUACCUCUUCAUGGCCGUGAGGGUGCUCGCCGGCGCCGCCUCGGGUGUUGUUAUUCCGUCUCUCCAGGCUAUGGUAUCCAAGUGGUUUCAUCCAAAGGAGAGGUCGAAAUUCUCAGGAUUUUUAUUUUCAGGUAUUUACGCCGGCAGUCUGAUAGCUAUGGCUGUUUCCGGCGUGCUGGUUGAAGCAGGAGGGUGGCCGAUGGCGUUCUACUUCUUCGGCGCCGUCGCUGUCGCUUGGUUCGUGCCCUGGCUGUACCUCAUUUACAGCACCCCAGACGACCACCCACGAAUAUCGUUGCAGGAGAAAGAGUACAUAAAGGCCGGUUUUGGGCAGCAGGUUAACGACAAACAGGAGAAGUUGCCCGUCCCGUGGAUGAAGAUUCUGACUUCUGCACCAGUGUGGGCAGGAAUAGUGUUCCAUUCUGGGACUGCGUGGGUACUGUACACUAUGCUUUCUGAUCUUCCGACUUACCUCAAGUUCAUACUUCAUUUCGGCGUUCAAGAUAGCGGACUCAUCUCAUCGCUGACGUAUCUGUUUUCCUGGAUCAGUGGCGUUGUAUUUGGAUGGUUGUCGCAGACGUUGCGAGCCAAAGGCAUUCUCUCACAUCUCACGUGCUACCGGCUCUUCAAUGGAAUAACUAGCAUCGGUGCAGCUGCGUGCCUGGUGGCGAUAACCCUGGUCGAGUGCCAGACUCAGGUUAUCGUGGUCCUCCUCGUACUGGUGCUGGUGGCCAACAGCGGUCUCUACGGAGGCAGCUACCUCAACCACGUUGACCUGGCUCGGAACUUCGCUGGAACGAUUGCUGGGAUUUUGCACUUGCUCAUGAAUUCCACCGGGAUUUUCACACCACUUGUCAUCGGAGCUCUGACGAAAGGAAACCAAACUCUGGCGCAGUGGAACAUAGCCUUCUACAUCGCAGCGGGUGUAACGUGUGGCUGCUUCGUUUUUUACCUGAUUUUCGGUUCAGUGGAAGAGCAGAGUUGGAACAGACCUCCUGAGAAAUCUAAAGACCCUGAAAAAUCAUCCCCAGUUCAAGAAACGUAG